AUGAGUGCUCAUACUAAAUAUCCUGUCGUUUUUAUCCAUGGCGUCUUUGGAUUCGGACGACAACGUCCGAUGUGGGGAUAUUGGGUUCCCUAUUGGCCAGAAAAAGAACUGCAACAAAUAAACCCUAAUCAUUUACUAGUUGACGUAGGUGGGGUGUCAUCGGACCACGAUCGAAGUUGUGAAAUAUUUUACCAACUUGUUGGAGGACGUGUGGACUAUGGCGAGCAACACGCGACGACAACAGGACAUGAUCGCUAUGGAGAGACAUUUGAUCAAGCAAUGUACCCAAGUUGGAGUGAAUCGAACCCUGUCCAUUUACUAGGACACAGUUUUGGAUCAACAACUGCCAUUGAGUUAUUCCAGAUGCUGAGUGCUGAUUUUUUUCGAGUUGGUAGUUCUCACAAGUGGAUUGCCAGUAUCACGUGCAUUGCUGGUCCUCUUACAGGUUCGACCUUGUCACAUGUCAUUGGCAUGGAAAAUGGUAACGUCGUUCAUGGAGGAUUCGCCCACCUCAUGGCAAUCGUAUUGGGCUCGUGGCUUCAGUUGUACUGGAAAUUCCCGAUACUAAAGAAAGCAGCGGACUUUCAUAUGGAUCAUUGGAGCAAGUAUUCAAUCAAGGAGUUAGUGGUGGCUAAUGGACCCAUAAACUCAUCACGUGACCUGGCUGUGCAUGGUACGUUGCCAGAGCACCGCAUCAUGCGGAAUGCACAGCUCAAACACAUGGACAAACUGCAUUUGCUGAGUAUUGCGACAUCACCAAAGACUUUCCAUCGUCCUUAUGGUGAAGGUUUUGCACUUGCAUUGCUGUUAUUUCUACGUUGGGGUAGAUUUCGGACAUGGUGGCCAGCUUUAAAACGGCUACGUAGUGUACGUGCACUGGCUCAUGUAGUGGUUCUUUGUUAUCUGUGUUACAAAUUGAAAAAGGUGGACGUAUCCAAGAUCCCAAGUAUGUAUGGUCUCAAGUGGUUAAUCCAACGUCGUGCCAAAAGUUUCUCAAUGAUCGGCGACGGCUUUGAACCAGGCAGUUGGGAGCUUAAUGAUGGUGUCGUGAACAUUCGUUCCAUGCUUCGACCGUGGUUUCCUAAACCACAAGAGAUGGAAAAAGAGAUUACGGGUCAAAAUCAGUCGAUCUCACCAGCUCCUUCACUCCCACCAACAUCAUCAUCAUCAUCUUGUAUACUCAAGGAUACGAGCGUCUUAAGACGCUGUGAAUCUCAUAUUUCAAUUGAGGAAUUCCGUGACAUGGAGGACAAUGACGAACGAGGUUUUCAACCGAAACGGUUUGAAAAAGGACGGUGGUAUGUUUAUCGUGUGGAUAGUAAUCAUCUUGCUGGAACAUAUUGGGAUAGUCAUGCUCCUGAUUUGUACAAGAGUCUCUUUACAUUGAUGAGCAAAGAGUAUGAACGACAGGAGGAGGAAAACCCAUUGGCUUUACGUGUAGAUGGUAUCAUUAAAAAUACUACACAGUUCGCCUAUCUCAUCAUGAGCUCAACUAAUACAAAAUAUCCCAUUGUACUACUUCAUGGGGUCUUUGGUUAUGGUAGAAUCAAACCAUUCUGGAAUCUCUGGUCACCAUAUUGGCCCGAAGAAGCACUUGAUCAAUUAAACACGAAUAAAAAUCUAAUCGUAGAAUUAGGAGCUUUAUCAUCGGAUCAUGAUCGAGCUUGUGAAGUAUUUUAUCAAUUAUAUGGGGGACAAGUUGAUUAUGGAGAUGUUCAUAGUCGAAAAGCAGGUCAUGCUCAAUUUGGUACCACAUAUAAAUAUCCAUUACAUUCUCCUUGGAGUGCUUCGAAUCCUGUGCAUUUAAUAGGUCAUAGUUUUGGAGGGACUACAGCUCUGGAAUUGUAUCAAUUGAUAUGCUUGGAUUUUUUCAAAGUCGGGAGUAAUCAUGAAUGGAUCACGAGUUUAGUGUCCAUUGCUGGACCACUUACAGGUUCCACAAUGAUUCAUCUCUUUGGAUUAAAUGACUUCCACAUGGUCCCGUAUUCAUUUGGUCACUUUCUUGGAGCGACUUUGGGAAUCUGGUUUAAAUUCUAUACGCAAUGGCCACUCCUUCGUCAUGUCUUUGACUUUCGAAUGCCACAAUGGCAACGUGUCUCCACCUUUCGGGAAAUUAUAUCACCUUCUGGUCGAAUCAAUCGCUCGAUGGAUCUUGCAGUGUUUAAUCUUUUACCUCGUGAACGAAUGACACGGAAUGCUCAACUCAUUGAUAUGGACAAGAUAUUUCUCGUCUCGGUUGUCACAUCCAGUUAUGUCACAAUUCCACGCGUUGAGAUGGCUCUGAUAGGACUUGUUCUCGUCUUUAUCAUUACUGCUGUGGUCGGGUUUUCAAGAGGGGAUACGGCACUGGGAACCUCUGCCAUUAUCUGGUCCACUGGAACACUCUUUGCUUUGUGGCGACGUGCUCGAGCACUUGAUUACGCCUCGAUUCCGUCAUUAUAUACACUAUUACUCCUCAUGCGUCGUCAUGUUCGCAUGCUCCACAUGAUCUUUAAUGGAUUUGAUCGGGAUGUAUGGGGUGACAAUGAUGGAGCGGUGAACCUCCACUCCAUGCUACAACCUUGGGCAUCAGCAAUGGACAAUUCGUUUGAAGAUUCUACGCAACGUGAUACCAAGUCGACUUCUUCAACAUCGUCGUCACUCUCCACUCUUUCAGAACCAAUGCAACUGGAUGCAGUUCCCGCUACAAGAACUGUGGAUUUGCACUCUGCUCCAAGGUCAAAGGACAAAGGCUUAGGCAUCCAAGCAGAAAGUAAGAUACCUACAAAUCUUGACCCAACGGAACCUGCCAACUUCUCACAGCUGAGACGCGGAAUAUGGUACGUUCAUCGAGUCAACAAGAACCACAUGGCUGGGACGCAUUUCGAUAGCGACUCACCGGCAUUAUUCCAACGGCUUUUUCGUGUCAUGGCAAACCAUUUCGAAACCGCCCCUGAAGACAGCAAACCAGAGUAA